AUGGACGAAGUGAAGAAGAUGAGUUGUAUGAAGAAGGCAAUGCCAUUCAUAUUAGUGAUAUUAUUACAAGUAGGACUAGCAGGAAUGGACAUUCUCACAAAGGCUGUCCUAAACGAAGGCAUGAGCAAUUACGUCCUUGUGGUUUACCGUCAUGGUGUUGCUGCCAUCGUUAUGGCCCCGUUCGCUUUCUACUUCGACAAGACAACCCGACCUAAGAUGACACCAAUUAUAUUUUUCAAGAUAACACUCCUUGGCUUGUUCGAACCAGUAAUAGACCAGAACUUAUUUUGUCUGGGUAUGAAAUACACGACAGCAACAUUUGCGACUGCCUUGUACAACACCUUACCCGCAGUCACUUUCAUCCUAGCCGUGAUAGUUAGGCUAGAAAAAGUGAAGCUUCGGAGUAUCAGGAGUGCAAGUAAAGUAGUUGGGACAAUGGCUUCAGUAGGAGGAACCAUGAUUAUGACACUUGUUAAAGGUCCAGCUCUCGACCUUUUUUGGACCAAAGGACCCUCUAAACAGAACACAACCGGGACCGAUAUUCACAGUUCCAUCAAAGGCGCAGUUUUGGUCACAAUUGGUUGUUUCAGCUAUGCAUGUUUCUUUAUUCUCUAUGCGAUCACGUUAAAGACUUACCCGACCGAGCUCUCACUCACAGCAUGGAUAUGCCUAAUGGGAACAAUAGAGGGAGCAGCUGUGGCAUUAGUCAUGGAGAGAGGAAAUCCUGGUGCAUGGGCCAUUGGUUGGGAUAACAAACUACUUACCGUCAUAUAUAGUGGGAUAGUGUGCUCAGCGCUUGGUUAUUACAUUGGAGGACUGGUGAUGAAAACUCGAGGUCCUGUGUUUGUAACAGCUUUUAGCCCUCUUUGUAUGAUCGUAGUAGCGUUUAUGUCGAGCAUCAUCUUUGCUGAACAAAUGUAUCUUGGAAGGGCUCUUGGUGCAGCGGUUAUAUGUACAGGAUUAUACCUUGUGAUCUGGGGUAAAGGAAAAGAUUACAAAGAUGCAUCCACGCCGCCUGCACUAACAAAACUAGAACUGACUGGAAAUGAGAAAAAUAGUGUUGGUCAUGAAAGCAUUACUAUCAGGAAGGAAGGAGAACAAAGACAAAUUGUAGAAACAGUUUAACUAAACAUUAUCAGCACA